AUGGCACCCAAAGGGAAGAAGGGCAAGAAGGGCGGCAACGACGACUGGGAGGCCGAGCUGGGCGAGAGCAUCGCCCCGGCCGCUGCCUCGCCAGACGCGGCCGCCAACGGCGAUGCGAAUGGCGACGACGAGUCCGCAGGCGGCGGCGGCCUGAUGAACCUGAUGCGCAAGAAGAAGGAGAAGCGGAAGAAGCAGGGCCUGUCCGAGGACUUUGUCGAGGGCGAGACCGCCCCUGGCGCCGAGCCCGAGUCGACCGAGCCCCCGCUGUACGCAAAGGCGCCCGAGGAGGCCACCAUGGACGACGAGUUUGCGCUCCCGGAGAAGAAGGGCAAGGGCGGCAAGCAACAGCAGCAGCAGCAAAAGCAGGAUGCUGGCGCUGAUGACGAUGAGACUGGUGAGGGCGGCAGGAUGUUAACGAAGGCCGAAAAAGAGAAGCUCAAGAAGGAAAGGGAGAAGCAAAGAAAGAAGGAGCAGGCGGCAAAGAAGAAGGGCACCGGUCCAGCUAAGCCAGAGCCGGCAAAGCCAGCAGAGAAGAAGGCGGCAGCGCCCGUUGCCGAAGCAGCCCCGUCUCCUCCACCAACGGAGGCCGCUGGAGGCAAGAAGAAAAAGCUUCCGCCACACCUCGCUGCCCUGCAGAAGCAACAAGAGGAGCUACGCCGUGCCCGAGAAGAACAGGAGCGAUUCGCCGCUGAGGAGAAGGCGAGGAUAGAAGAAGAGGAGAAGAGAGAAGCCGAGGAGGCUAAGCGAAAGGAGGAAGAAAAGGCCAGGAAGAAGCAGAAAGAAAAGGAGAGGAUCGAGCAGCUCAAGAAGGAGGGCAAGUUCCUCACCAAGGCACAGAAAGAGGAGAAGGCCCGUAAUGAGCGAAAGCUCCAGCAAAUGAUUGCCGCUGGCAUCAAGGUCGGACCGGCAGAGGGAGCUGAGGGCGAGAAGAAGAAGCCCGUCUACGACAAGAAGAAGGCUGGCAAGAAGAAUGACAAGAAGGUCGAUGAAGAAAAGGCACUUGCUGAGGCCGCCGAGCGUGCCAGGCUACAAGCUGAGGCUGCUGCCAAGGAGGCAGCUGAGAAAGAGCGACUAGAAAAGGAGAAGGCCGAGGCCGAGGCCGCUGCGAAGAAGGCUACAGAGAGCAGUGAUGUAGACGAGGAUUGGGAGGCAGCAGCCGCUGACGAGGACGACGUCAAAGAUAGCUGGGAUGCCGAUAGUGAUGAGGAGGCCGAGAAGAAGGCAGCUGCAAAGGAUGCCUCCAAGGCUGAAGACCAGCAAUCAUUACCAUCAAGACCUAAGCCAACAGAUGAGGAUGAGGAUGAAGAUGAGGAAGAGGAGGAAUCUUCCGAUGAAGAGUCCUCGGAGGACGAGUCUCUGGCGGCGCAAAGGAAAAAGGAGGCAGCAGAGAGGCGCGAGAAAGCACAUCAAGCCGCAUUGGCUGCCCGAUCCAAGGACAACUUGCGCUCACCAAUCUGCUGUAUUCUCGGUCACGUCGACACAGGAAAGACGAAGCUGCUCGACAAGAUUCGACAGACAAACGUCCAAGAAGGCGAAGCUGGUGGUAUCACACAACAAAUUGGUGCUACUUACUUCCCCGUCGAAGCUAUUAGGCAGAAGACAGCUGUCGUCAACCGAGACGGCGCCUUCGAGUUCAAAGUUCCCGGUCUCCUUAUCAUCGAUACCCCCGGUCACGAGUCUUUCUCUAACCUACGGUCCCGAGGUUCCUCCCUCUGUAACAUUGCCAUCCUGGUCGUCGAUAUUAUGCACGGUCUAGAACCCCAAACACUCGAAUCGAUGAAGCUGCUGCGUGAUAGGCGGACGCCUUUCAUUGUGGCUCUCAACAAGAUCGAUCGUCUCUAUGGCUGGAAGAAGGUUGACAACAAUGGUUUCCAGGAGAGUUUGGCUCUUCAGAAUAGGGGAGUGCAAAACGAGUUCAAGAACCGUCUGGAGCAGACCAAGGUCGCCUUCGCAGAACAGGGCUUCAACGCAGAGCUCUUUUACGAGAACAAGUCGAUGGCAAAAUAUGUGUCCCUUGUUCCCACAUCAGCUCACACCGGCGAGGGUAUCCCUGACAUGCUGAAGCUGAUUCUCCAGCUGACGCAAGAGAGGAUGGUUGGAUCUCUCAUGUACCUCUCAGAGGUCCAGGCCACUGUCCUUGAAGUCAAGGCUAUCGAGGGUUUCGGUAUGACGAUCGAUGUCAUUCUAUCGAACGGUAUUCUAAGAGAAGGCGACCGUAUUGUACUGUGUGGUACUGAAGGCGUCAUCAAGACGAAUAUCCGUGCUCUCCUAACACCUGCUCCUCUCAGAGAGCUUCGUCUCAAGUCAGCAUACGUGCACAACAAGGAGGUCAAGGCAGCCCUCGGUGUCAAGAUUAGUGCUCCAGGCCUAGAAGGCGCCAUUGCCGGCUCUCGCCUGUUGGUCGUAGGCCCUGACGAUGACGAGGAAGACCUUGAGGAGGAAGUUGAGGCAGAUCUCGCCACACUGUUCAGCCGAGUCGAGAAGUCUGGCCGUGGCGUCAGCGUCCAAGCUUCUACUCUGGGUUCUCUCGAAGCCUUGCUGGACUUUCUCAAGGACUGCAAGAUUCCCGUCGCCAAUGUCGGUAUCGGCCCGGUGUAUAAGCGUGAUGUCAUGCAGUGCGGUAUCAUGCUGGAAAAGGCACCUGACUAUGCUGUCAUGCUAUGUUUCGAUGUCAAGGUAGACAAAGAGGCGCAGGCAUACGCAGAAGAGCAGGGCAUCAAGAUUUUCACCGCCGACAUCAUUUAUCAUCUUUUUGAUGCGUUUACUAAGCACAUUGAGGAGCAGAACGAGAAGAAGAAGGAAGAGUCUAAGAUGUUGGCUGUCUUCCCUUGCGUUCUCAGCCCAGUGGCCGUCUUCAACAAGACUGGCCCCAUUGUCGUUGGUGUUGACGUUAUCGAAGGAAAUCUUAGAAUUAACACCCCGCUCGCUGCCGUCAAGCAGAACCCGACAACCGGUGUGAAGGAAAUUGUCAGCCUCGGCAGAGUGACUUCAAUCGAGCGUGAUCACAAGCAGAUCACAAUUUGCAAGAAGGGCCAGCCGUCCGUUGCCAUCAAGGUUGAAAUGGGCGGCCACCAACCUGUCUACGGCCGACAACUGGAGGAAGGUGACACGCUCUACAGCUUGAUCUCGCGCAAGAGCAUCGACACGCUCAAGCAAUUCUACAGGAAGGACGUCAGCAAUGACGAGUGGGCGCUUAUCGUCAAGCUCAAGCCCCUGUUCGACAUCGUCUAA